AUGGAGAACCAAAAGAAACGCCAAACUGCUUACAUGAGGAGAAGCCUCUUGGACCAGGGAUACCUUGAUGAACAAUUGCAUGAUGAUGCAAACCCUAACUUUGUUGAAGAAGUUGUCAAGCUAUUUUACACAGAUUCAGCCAGAUUUAUUCCCAAUAUUGAAGUUGCACUGGAAAAUGGACCCUAUAAUUUUGCUAGGCUGGAUAAUUUGAUGUACCAAUUCAAGGGUAGCAACUCAAGCAUUGGUGCCAGAAGAGUAAAAAGACAAUGUUCUCAGUUUCAGAAAUAUUGUAAUGCAAAAAAUAUAGAAGGGUGCAAGAACACAUUCCAAGGAGUGAAACAAGAGCAUGCUACUCUAAAGACUAAGCUUGAGACUUACUUUCAGAAGUUCAUGAAGAGUCCUAAGUUUUCUGAAGCCAGUGCUCUUUAUCGUCAGACCAAAUAA